AUGGCGCCCGGUCCCAGGAACACAGGAUUCGAAUUCUCGGAAUCACCGUUGACAAGUCCCACAGAGCCGCAGAGCGCUGUUCAGAUUGACGAUAAGGGAGACAAGGCUGAGGAUGAAGCAGCUUCGCAUCGCUCGCAGAUGCAAAGGUGGUGGGAUAAAUCCAUCUCAAAGAACCUUAGCGUUCACAACGGAUACAAGCAGACUUUCGUUUUGUUCAUCAAGUGGAAUGACGAAAUUGACCAGCUGAAGGUCGGCAAGGAGGUUUCGGAGCUUCGCGAUGUUUUUGAGAAGAGAUUCCACUUCACCACCAAAACCGUUGAGCUUGGGUUGAAUAAAGCAACGACUAAACUGGAGCAUGCCAUUUUGGGUAUGCUCAUGAAGUAUGACGACCCACAAAACCUGUUGAUUAUAUAUUACGCUGGUCAUGGGUUCUACCACAAAGAUAAGAAGAAACUUCAGCUUGCAGGGACCACAGACGAUUCAAUCCGAGGGGUCCCUCUCCCGGAAGUCUUCUGGCAAGAUGCAGAGAAGCAUCUUACCAAGAGCAACUGCAGCAGCGACGUCCUAUCCAUCAUGGACUGCUGUUUUGCCAGCGACAUCAAUCGCAGCUAUGGUGAAAAUAGCCGCGUGUGCGAGCUGCUUGCCGCAAGCCACAUCGGUCGGACCACGGAACAGCCCGGCGAUAAUUCAUUUACCAGAGCCUUGAUCGACUCUCUCAACUAUCUUCUCACAAACGAUAGCGGGGACGGAGCAUUCGAUACCCACCAGCUGCAUCAAGAGAUCAACAGGCGGCGCACGGACAACCCAUCGGGCUUAUGGAGGCGCCUGCCCGGUAACAGCAGGCACAUACUCAUCAGCCCGCAGAGACUCGGGCCUCUGGGGAUGGAUCAAGGCACGAAGCCGUCUGAGCACCAGGAGCAGCCGAAAGGGCUGCUUUCGCUACAGUUCGUGCUCGGGGUGAACGAGUUGAACGAGAACACAAUCGAGGAGCUCACCCGCCACCUGCCCAACUGCUUCAACAGCUGCAGGGCUCCGGUACGGAACAUCAAAUGGCUCGGUUUUAGCGGGAAGACUCGGCGCACGAAGUCGCUUGACUCGUUUGCCAGCAUUGUGCGCGAACUGAUAAAAACCAACAAGCAAAAGCGACAGCAGGAGCAGCUGCAGGUGGUGGACCAGGACGAAGCUUAUCAGUCUUCAGACGUGAUGAAGCGGAAAGCUGAUGAAGUGGAGCUUCUGGGCUCUGAGAUACCCAAGAGGCUACGGAGAAAUGAUUCUGAGAGCCACUCUUCCGUGGAAUAG